CUGAGGUUUCAGAUUCAGAAACCAUAUUCGUGUGGGGAGAGAGGGCUUAGCAGUAGCAGCAACCAUGAGCGGUGGAGGAGGGAUGCUGGAUUCCGUGGUGAAUCGGGUGGCCGGCAAGCUGUGGGACCUCGUCGUGGAGGAGGCCAGUCUGCUGCGGAGCUUCGAGGAGGACGUGGACGACAUGAUGGAGACGAUGGCGGAUCUGGAGGCCGUGCUGCAGGACGCCGACGACAGGGCGCGUCAGGGAGGAAGAGACGGCGCGCGGGUCAAGUGGUGGCUCACCAAACUCAAGUCCGUCGCCUACGAUGUUGAGGAUGUGCUGGAUGAGCUCGAUGCUGCUCAGCGCAUCAAGAACCAUCAAUCUAAGCUUAAGUUGUUCUUUUCCCGGAACAACCAGCUCCUUCAGAAGAUGACCAUAGCCCAUAAUUUGAAGAAUUUGAAGGAGAAGAUAGAAAAAACAGACAGGAAAGGCAAGAGGCUCAAUCUUGUGCGUCAUGAACUAGCAAGAGGGGGUGCAAACAAAGAAACUUUUGCAGUCAUCGACGAUGGUGUUGUACUGGUAGGUAGGGAUGUCGAAAAGGAAAAAGUCAUCAGCCUUCUAUUGAACACUGAAGCUAAGGAGGAUAUCUCAAUCAUUCCUAUUGUUGGGCUUGGUGGAUUAGGAAAGUCUACCUUAGCCAAAGCAGUUUAUGAAGACAAAAGGGUGGUCAACUUCUUUACCUUGAAUAUCUGGGUUCAAGUCAAGGAGUUUGAUCUGCUCACCAUUGGGAAAGAUAUCAUCAAAGGGGCAAACAGCAAUAUCGACCUUAGCAACUGCAACAUGCGGUUUGUACAAGAUAAUCUCAAAAAAGAACUUGCUGACAGAAGAUACUUAAUUGUUCUAGAUGAUCUCUGGGAAGAAAAUGGAGAUAAAUUGGAAAGCUUGAAGGCAAUGUUAAAACUUGGUGGCAAGGGCAGCAAGAUUAUAGCAACUACACGUAGUGAAAGAGUAGUGCAAACACUAUGCACUGGCGACCUAGCAAAUCAGCGAAAAAUUUACCCUGUGGCUGAACCCGAUCGUGUCAAAUUGAAUGGUUUAUCACCUGAUGACUGCUGGAAGCUGAUGAAGCGAAGAGCAUUUGGGCCUGAUGAUGAGCCAGGUGCUUUAGAGGAAAUUGGAUUGCAAAUUGCUGAGAAGUGUGGGGGACUUCCACUGGUGGCAAAUGCUCUUGGGCAGGUAAUGUCAGAGGAUACUAGCACUGAGGCAUGGGAACAUAUAAGAGACAGAAAGAUUGUUUUGGAUUCCGUACUUCAUCAACGAGAAACUUUAGAGACCUUAAUGUUGAGCUAUUACUACAUGAAGCUAGAAUUCAAAAAGUGCUUUACAUAUUUGGCAGCCUUCCCGAAGGGCUUCGUCAUAGACAGUGAUCACUUGAUCCAGCAAUGGAGUGCCCUAGGGUACAUUCAAGAAAGGAAUGAUGGUCAAAGCUGUAUCAAAUAUCUUUUAGAUAUGUCCUUUCUUGAGAUUUCCAAGUCUUCACUAAUAGGAUUGCCUGAAUCAAUUGACAACCUUAGAUGCUUACAACAACUAGACAUGUCAGGGUGUUGUGCUUUUCAAAAGCUCCCAGAUAAAUUUGGUAGCCUUUCUAAACUUUCAUUCAUAAACUUGUCAUGUUGUUCAAAGCUAAGAAAACUACCAGACUGUCUUAACCUUGAGUCUCUAGAGCAUCUAAACCUCUCAAAUUGCCACGAGCUUGAAAAUCUACCAGAGGAUAUUGGGAAUCUUUAUAAACUUGAGGUUUUGGACAUGUCUGACUGCUACAAGAUUCAAGUGCUACCAGAAACCUUUUGCCAACUUAAGCAUUUGAAAGACCUUAAUCUGUCGGACUGCCAUGGCCUUAAAGAACUCCCUGAAUACUUUGGUCAUCUAUCUGAGAUCCGAUCUUUGAACCUCACAAGUUGUUCCAAGCUACGCAAAUUGCCUCAGUCAUUAUGCAAGUUACAUAAGUUGAAGCACCUCGAUUUGUCAUAUUGUAUAAGGCUUGAAGAUCUUCCAUCUACCUUUGGUAACCUUCAGCUUCAAGUCUUGGAUCUUACUGGUUGUUUUGGUCUGCAGGACUUGCCAGAUAGUAUCAGUAAUAUGACUAGUCUCAACGUGUUUAAUGUUGGUACAGGAUCAACUUAUGUGUUUCAUAAGGCCCAAAGUAUUAGUGAGUGUCUAAAUUUGCUUGCUAUAGAACAUGAUGUACACAAGAUGGAAAAUGUUGGUUUUAGUAGUAUAGUGGAGCUUGAGCGAUUGCGUUGUCACAAGCUGAUAGUUCGACACCUUGAGAAUGUUGAGUCGCUAGAAGAUGCAAGUAGAGCUAAGUUGUGUGAUAUGUUGGAGCUUCUGGAGCUACAACUCUACUGGGGACUUGGUGGCACAAGAAAUGUGGACAAGGAUAAAUCAGUGUUGGAGAACCUCGUACCUCCACGUGCUCUUCAAAUCUUUAUAUUGGAUGGGUACAUGCCCAAGGAUUUCCCUAAUUGGGUGUCUGGUAUUUCCUCAUAUCUCCCUUGUCUCAUGCACCUUAGGCUCCGUAAUUUAGCAACAUGUAAUUAUCUUCCUGCAUUUGGGCAACUGCCAAACCUAAGGCAUUUCACUAUGAAUAACAUUCCCAACAUUAGGAAAAUUGGCAAGGAGUUUUAUGGGGAGGAAGGAAAUUGUAAGAAAUUAAGGGUUAUUUGGUUGGAAAGAAUGGAUAACUUGGAAGAAUGGUGGACAACACGGUCUGGUGAAGAAGAUGAAGAGUUCCUAAUCCCUAAUUUGCAUUAUUUGCAUGUUGUUGACUGCCCAAAGUUGAGUUUCCUACCACAUCCCCCUAGAAGUAUUAACUGGACCUUGGAUGGUAGCGACCAUGUUUUGCCAGAACGAGGAUUUGGGAACCUUGUAUCUUCGACUCUUCCAUUUUCUGUGACCAUCAACAACUGCAACUUUUCCACUGAUAAUUGGGGCAGACUUCAGCACCUUGCCACCCUUGAGAACUUUUAUGUUAAAGGCUGCAGUGGCCUGAGGACCUUGCCAGACAUCAUUAAGUGCUUCCUCAACCUCAGAGUGCUAGAUUUGAGGUCUCAGGAGGACUUGGAACUAUUACCAGAAUGGUUGGGGCAGCUUGCUUCCCUAGAUAACAUUAUCAUCUUUGAUUGCCCCAAGCUAACAUCUCUGCCUAAAAGCAUACAGAACCUUACUGCUUUAAAAGAAUUGUGGUUGCAGGGAUGCAAAGGGCUAGAGAUACUGCCAGAAGGACUGGGGCUGCUCAUUUCCCUGAAAAAGCUUGGCAUCAUCCAUUGCCCCAAUCUGUCUCUUCUGCCUAAAAGCAUGAAGAACCUAACAACUCUCAUAGAACUGAGAUUGGUUGGAUGUGAAGGACUGGAGAUAUUGCCAGAAUUGUUUGGACACCUCACUUCCCUAAAACGAAUUUGCGUCUUAGGUUGUCCCAGCUUGACAGAUUUGCCUAAAAGCAUGAUGAAUCUUACUGGCCUUGAAGAGAUAUGGUUGGGAGGUUUCAAUAGCCUACCGGAAUGGAUAGGGCAGUUGAGUUGUCUCAAAGAAAUUAACAUCUUUGAUUCCCCCAACAUGAUGCAUUUGCCAAAGAGCAUGCAGAACCUUGACGCCUUGAAGCAACUUUACAUUUGGAACUGCCCAAGACUGAUUGAGAGGUGCCGGCAGGAGGAUGCCAACAAGAUUUCUCACAUCCCUAGAGUUAUAUUAGAUGACAAAAUAUUCAUACUAGGGCAAGCAAUCGAAGGACCAGAGAGGGAAUCAGAGUGAGGAGAAUUCUUGCCCAGGACAGAUGUAAAGAGUAAGAUAAGCAACGGUGGAAAAUGUACAUCUGCAUAUUUCAGCGAUUUUGUGAAUAUGGUUUCAUCUUAAAG